UGGAGGAACCAAUUUUGGCAGGACUGCUGCAGAAUUUAUGAUAACAAGUUAUUAUGAUCAAGCUCCACUUGAUGAGUAUGGUUUAAUUAGAGAACCAAAAUGGGGUCAUCUGAAAGAAUUACAUGCAGCAGUGAAGUUAUGCUCGGAAGCCAUACUUUCUAGUUUUCCCACCUUGCUAUCUUUUGGUCAACUACAGGAGGCAUAUGUAUUCAGUGGAGAUUCAGGAGCUUGCGCAGCAUUCCUGGUCAACACAGAUAGUAGAACAAGUGCAACAGUGCGAUUCCAAAAUUUGACAUAUCAAUUACCUCCAAAAUCUAUAAGCAUCUUACCUGAUUGCAAGGUUGUGGCCUUCAAUACAGCCAAGGUGAGUACUCAAUUUAACACAAGAACUUCGAGGCCAGUGGUCAAGUUUAAUUCAGCUGAGAAAUGGGAACAAUUCCAAGAGGUUAUUCCGCAAUUUGAUGCAACCGCACUGAGAUCACAAACAUUACUGGAGCAAACAAAUACUACAAAAGAUGCCUCCGAUUAUCUUUGGUAUACUGCCAGUUUCGAGCAGGAUUCCCAGGAGCAUCAGGCUAGACUAAGUGUGAAGUCCUUAGGCCAUGUUUUACAUGCUUUUGUGAAUGGAGCUCUU